CUAAACAAGAUGUAUGAACUACAGCAAGAUCGAAAGUUCAGUGCGCUGGAUGAAAUGCUCCCAGCAUUUUAUUAUUGCUACCUAAUCUGUUUGCCCAUAAGCAGCGACAGCAAGUCCAACACAUCCGAACUCCUGCAGAAAUCACUAUCCUCGCUUGCAGCUGAGCGCCCAUACCUUACUGGUACGAUUCGAAGGGAUGCGAACAGCAGUGUGCGCAAAGGUCAUCUUGUUCUCGACAUACCGAAGCCCUUCGAAGACCCUCGUAUCGUAUUCAAUGAUCUGACGGGCCCGGAGUCAGGAUGGAAGGAGACAUAUCAAGAUCUGAAGGAUGCUGGUAUGCCGCCACACAGACUGGAUGCAAAUGUGUUGGCACCUCUCACAGCUGGUAUUGGGGAGACACGCAAAGUUAUGUCGGUGCAGGCCAACUUUAUUCCCGGCGGUCUACUCCUUGCGUUUUGCUUCCAUCACAACUUUGUAGACGCAUAUGGCGCUGGCCGCAUUGUUGCAAGGUUCUCGGAACACUGCAAUGAGUCUGUUGAUCCCAAAGCGGACGCCGAACUAGUGGGAGAUGGUUCCGGUUCAGGCGCUAUAGCAGACGUACUUGAUGUCGAACUCAUGAAAAAGCAAUACAAAUUCGAGGAUCUGGAAAAUGACCCUAACCUAUGGCGACUGAAUUGUCUCGACUACAAGGGCGUGAAUGCCUUCCCCUGGCCCGAAUUCAUUCCUUCCCUGCUACCAGUGAGCAGCCCGCCAGUGGUUUCAACUAUGUUCUCGUUCACUCCAGAAGCGCUGUCACAAAUUAAAUCUAUGGCAAAGCCCAGUCAAAGUGGAGCUUGGGUAUCAACAAAUGAUGCAUUGGUAGCGUUCUUAUGGCGACAUGUCAUGAGAGCUCGCUUCCCGUCAUCGACAACUGGAGGCGAGUCUGCAGAUGGCAAGUCAAACGUGAUUGUGGCACUUGACGGCAGAAAAGACCUUUCCAUAUCCCCCAACUACGUGGGCAACGUCAUCUUCCAUUGUUUUACGGAGCUGCCGAAGAACUUCGUAGGGAGUGAGAGCACGCAUCUUGGUGGCAUUGCCACCAAGAUCAGGCAGACGAUCACCGCGACCAGAAAUGAAUCGCUAUUGAAAUCCGUCGUUGGGCUGGCUGCCACUCACCCAGACUGCCAGAACAUUAAAUAUGCUAGCGACAAUCUGGGGUCUGAUCUGUACGUUACCUCGUGGGUUGAUCUGCCUGUCUACAAACUGGAAUGGGGCCCUCUUGGUAAGACGGAGUUUUUCCGUACCCCAAAUCGACACUUCGAAAGUCUCUGCAGCGUUCUCCCGCCAAAGGAUGGGGUCAUCAAUCUGAUCACCUCAAUGAGAGAGGAUCACAGCAUGCGGCUUCGUAGUGAUUCGGAGUUCACUCAAUUCGCAACGCCUGUUUCGUAAACUCGCAAAACAGUUCGUCCUUCUCAGGAAGAAAAACAUGAGGCAGGGAGUGCGAUCAAACAUGAACUAGGAAUCAUAGUUCCAAGGGGAUUUCUGUUGUAGGAAAGUCACAACUAGAUGGAAUGAACAAACUUCAUGUGUCCAGACGGGCACCAACCCCAAUUCAUCAAUCUUGACGCCUGGUGUGUGCUAGUGCCUCUUUAUCUAGGGCAGCAGGAGAUCUGUCGCAAGCUUGUCUUGUAUGGUACAAGCUUCGCAUUUUCGCCUGAGAAUCAAAUUCGAUCCUCGUUAUCAUUAUUGAGGUUUGCUUCCAGACCC